CCCCCCACACACACACACACACCUCUGUGUGUCUGACGUUCUCGCUACUCACAGAUAAGCCGGUCCUGACGGGAAGAAGACGAAGAUGAAGCUGCUGCUCGUCGCUCUGCUGGGGGUCGUGGCGUUGGUCUCUGCGGCCGUGGCCUCUCCUUUCCUCGACCCGGAGCUGUCGCCCGAGUGGGAGUCCUGGAAGGAGUUUCACGGCAAGACUUACGGCGAGGAGGAGGAGGGCUGGAGGAGGAUGAUUUGGGAGAAGAACCUCAAGAUGAUCUCCAUGCACAACCUGGAAUACUCCAUGGGCAAGCACACCUGGAGCAUGGGCAUGAACCAAUUCAGCGACAUGACAACGGAGGAGUUCCGGCAGCUGAUGCUGUGCUUCAAAGGCUGGAACAGCACCGGCAAGGAUUCCAACGGGUCCGCGUUCAUGGCGCCCGCCGACUUUGAAGCCCCUGAGAAUGUGGACUGGAGGAAGCAGGGCUACGUCACUGAUGUCAAAGACCAGGGCAACUGCGGCUCUUGCUGGGCGUUCAGCGCCACGGGCUCCCUCGAGGGGCAGCAAAAGCGCAAGGCGGGAGUGCUCGUGUCGCUGAGCGAGCAGAACCUGGUGGACUGUUCCUGGCCCCAGGGCAAUAGAGGCUGUUUUGGAGGAUUCAUGAAAAGCGCGUUCAUCUACAUCAUGCAAAACGGAGGCAUCGACUCGGAGGCGUCAUAUCCCUACGUAGCACAGGACCAGCCGUGCAGGUACAAGCCCCAGUACAAGGCCGCGGUGGUCACCGGCUUCGUGGAUAUUCCCUUCAUGGACGAGGGGGCCCUCAAGAACGCCGUGGCUUCCGUCGGCCCGGUGUCCGUCGCCAUUGACGCCAGCUGCCCAUCUUUUAGGUUCUACAGAUUCGGCAUCUACAAGGACACUUGCUGCAGCCAAAGGUCGAACCACGCCGUGCUGGUGGUGGGCUUUGGCGUGGAUCAGUAUGGAACUAAAUUCUGGCUCGUCAAGAACAGCUGGGGGAGUGGCUGGGGAGAGGAUGGCUACGUGCGCAUGGCUCGGGAUUUCAACAACCUCUGUGGAAUUGCCUCUGCGGCCAGCUACCCCCUGGUGUAACAACAACCGGCGAUGUGACAGAGAGCGAGCGAGCCAGGGUCUAUUUACAACCUUGCUCCUGCCGCCGCUUUAGAGACUCCAUUGGCCAGAAGUGCUUCACGAUUAUUUCGUUUAAUUGGGAUCACGAAUCGUUAAAUAGCAACGUGAUUAAAUAAUCGAAUCACGAUUAAUUCUUUUUUUUUAAGGGUGUGUGACAUUUUUUGCCCGCAGCCUUGGUUAAAACUGUGCAGAGUCGCGAUCGGUGAGCGUUACGGCUGCACUCCGCUGGCAACGUUUAGCAAAUCGUGCGUUACAUUCCUGUUGCUAACUCGCUGUUUGCCCUUUUUGCGGUCGACGGAGAACAAUGGGCAAGGAGGGCGAUUUAGGCGAAAGCUGCUGGCGAAGUCACACGCCCGAAUAUAGUUUCAAUAUGAAUUUUGAAUGAUUAUGAAUCGUUACAAGCUUUGCGAUAAGCACCUGAUUUCCCUACCUCAAUACAAAUAAUUGUGGUGACCUUAUUAGCGCUGUAUUCAUCCGUAUAUUUCUUUAAUCGCUGCCUUUUAAAAACAUUUCACAGUGUGUGCUCGAAAUACCUCGAUAAUUCAGGAGCAGGGUAACCUGAACAAAAUUCCAUGGAAAUCAACGACGACCAAAAGUUUGCCACAUUUACAAAUAGCAACGUUGCCUUCUUUUUAUUAACAACAUUGUUACUUUCACAUCAUUAAAAUAACAAACAAACCAAAAAAAACAAUAGGAAAGGUACAAAAUCAUUGCUGAAAACCUCCCCGUAAACUGAUGAGUGCCAAAUUCUUGAAGUCGCGAUCUCGAACGCCAGACACGACGGUGGAUGCCGUCCGCCCGGCGCUGCGUUCUCCGUGCAGACUCGGCUCACGGACCCCCUCGGCACUGGACAUCUGUGGUGCGAAAAGAGCUUUCCGGCGCAUCGAAUUCCUCCUCCAGUAUUUCAUUGGCUCUGCUCGUUGUGAAAUUUCUGAGCUUCGGUUUAAAAAAAAACCCAAAACACACACGAGGGCCUCCCUUAACCAGUAAAAGCCGGUGGAUACGUGUGACGCUGCAUAUCCAUGAACGAUGUUUAGAGGACGCUGUAUCCAAUCGUGUUCGGAUCGACGACGUGCGGCCCAUGUUCCGCGGUCAUUUUUUCUCCUCUCGGAAAUUGUUAUUUGCGCAAUUGUAGAUGUUUCGUCACGUGAUCAGUUGGUGCUGUGUUGAUCGACACUUGAGGAACAAGGUCAAAAGUAACGUGAUUCCGUCGCUUCCAUUCUCGGUUGUCAGUUACGUUUUAAGCGUAGAGAGAUGUGAACUUUUGACGGCUCCUCUCUUUCUUCAUAAAGAUUUUCA